GUCACGCAGCACCAUCUACUGUGGGGCCGCUCAGUUGCAAGCAUGGAGGAUGAUUUGGAGCAGUUCUUAAUUUGUAGAGAGGUCCCAAAGGAUGAUAUUACACGGAUGAAGAGAGACAAGGUUGACAAGGCAGUAUUGCGCAUCAUGACUGAUGAGCAAAUGUCAAAAUACAUCACGUCAUAUGGUGACCGAGUAGCUGUCCUAUCUUUCUGUGAACAAACGCAGUGUCAUAGCACCAAUAAAGAGACUCUAUUACAGAGAUUAAAAUGUAAAAUAGGGGCACGCAAGAUGAAGUCCAAGACAAGAGGAUCAGUGAGUGGUACACCAGAUGAACCCCAAUGUACCAUGGCCAGACAAAAAAAUAUGGCAGCAGAGAAGACUUCAAGGAAGGUUGAAAUUGGAUGGCUUCAUUUUGGCAGUAAUGGAUACAGUCAAGUACGGACCAACAGUGGUGGAGGCACAAGACAUGCAACACUGGCAAAAACAACUGUUGCUCAGAUCAUGGAAUUAGGAAAGGAGCUGUUUUUCCCUGAUGGGCGCUCAACAAAAGGACCAGCUGAAGACUUCACAUUUGGCAUCUGUGAUUUUAAAAAGAACAAGAUUCCCUUGGAUAGCACUAUUGGCCAAAUGUAUGAACAAACUAAACUGAAGCUGCUCAGAUUUUACAUUUGUACAAAAGAGGGAGCUUCAACAGAUCACUCAUCUAAGGAAAAGGGGCUUCUUGAAGAUGAAGAAGAUGGAUGUCACUCAGGCGAUUCCAUCACAGAUCUGCAGGAUCUUUCAAAUUCAUCUGAUAGUGAUGGAGGCACCCAGAUGCAAACAAGAUCAAAAAAGAGAAGGGAAAUACUUGAGACGGAGACAGCACAAAGCCCAGGUCCACCACAUCCCUUUCAGUCAACCCCAACAGACAUUACAAGUAGUAACAUUGGACAAAGACAAAACAGAAGUGAGCUUAGUUUACCGAAGCCCCCGUUUGAAGAGGCCGAUACACUUGUGUGGGAUUCCGAUGACGAUGGUGUGGUGGUUGUAAAUUUUAACCAUUUUGAGGGAGAUGAUGUCAUACAGAUUGCUGAGGUGAGUGGAGCCCCUACACAGGUUAUACAGCUUCUAGCACCUUCAGGCGAUGGCCUAACUGGACUGGAUGAGCAGCUAUUCAUACGUGAGGAGGCAGCGCAAACUGCUCAGGUAAGACACACCAUUUUAACUUUGAUGUUCUCAAGGUUAUCUUGUACUGGGGUAAGAGAUCACACAUUUUGAAUAGAAAGCAGUUUGACGAGGGGGUUUGUGACAUCAUAUAAAAUAUGCUUGGGUUUUCUUUUUAUGUGAAACAUAGGACCCAAAGCUACUUCAACCUUGGCACAAACAUGGUAAGGGCUACUUUGGCUUCUGCUUUACUCAUUAGUCACUCGCUCUGUUUUUUAUGUAUUUUGUUCUUCCAGCU